AUGGCAAAAGCGAGCAACGAAGAUGGUUUCUUGAAUGGAUUUAGGAAACUAUUGACAGAACAAUGGCAAUCCGAUGUUCAGCUCAGGGCUGGAGACAGUGAUGAUGCUUCAACAACUAUCUUCGCCCACAAACUUGUUGGUAACACAAGGUCUGAAGUGUUUAAGAAGAUGCUGGAACCAGACGAGAUCAAGGCUUCGGCUAAGUUAGAGACUAUCACUCUCCCUGAGAUGAAACAUGAAGAAUUAGAGGCUUUUGUUGAUUUCAUCUACAGCGUUGAUGGUUCUUCCUCUUCUUCUGCCAGUCUCAAGAAACAUGCUCGGUCACUCUAUCUUGCAGCAGAUAAAUAUGAGAUACCGCAUCUACGUGACCUAUGCAGAACCGAGCUUGUAUCUACUUUAAAUUCAUCAAACGCUCUUAGCAUCCUUGAGCUCGCCCAAAUCCCUUUUGACAUAGUCCUCCACAAGUCUGCCUUCACUAGUAUCCAAACCCAUUUAAACGUGAUUGCUAACUCUGAUGAGUUCAAGUUGUUUGUCGUCAAUCAUCCAAAUCUUACAGUGGAGAUUAUGAAGGCUUCUCUUACUCGAGCCACUACUAACAAUCGAUGCCACUGUUAUUAUUGUGGUUAA